CCCCAAUCUUUACAAUUUCUUGUGGCUCUCCCUCUCCGCCCGCCCGCGCCACGCAGCACUCCCCUUCCCCUCCUUCCAUCCUCGGCCAGUCAUCCUCCCCGCCGGCCGCCGCUGGACUGCCGUGGGGGUCCGUCCGGCUUUGCGCUGUUUCCUUCUUCGUUCCGUUCCGCCCCUCCCUGGGUAAGAAUUGAGCUAGCUUGGCUUGCUCGGAUCAACCCCCUUACGCCUUCCUCUUGUUUUCCUGUACGGUUCAUGCCGAUGCCAUUGCUGUCCUUGAUGUUCUAGUGAAUCCGUGCUCUUUUCUUGACGUGCUCACUCAGUCACUCUUGUAAUGUCCGAGUCCAUGUGUAAUGUGUUACACAAUGGCAUGAUGCCUCUCUAAACUCUUGUAAUGUCUAGUUCAUUUUGCGUAUUGGUCUUUAAUUUUAAAUAUAGUGCGUUCUAAACUCUGAGUGCGGUUGUAAUAAUUUUGGACUGACGCCUCUCUCUAGAGGGGUUUGAAGCCGGAUCUUUUUCCAUUAUCUAAAAAAUGUGUAAUGUGUUACACAAUGGCAUGAUGUGCUUGUUGGCAACUUGGCAUUGGCGGUGCUUGUUCUCUUCAGUUAUGUCAGAUACUUUUCAUCUCUCAAUAUGAGCGCAAUACCAAUUACCAAGUCAAGGUCUGAAUAUGUCCUACUCCGUGUGUUAUAUAAUGGCACAUGUUGGACACACAGAUUUCGAGGUUGAGGACUGGUCUUCUACAAGCAUGGUAUCAUGGUAGAGAACGGAGUACAGCUGACACUGACCUCCACUUUGAAGAGCACAGGCAAGGCAAAAAUCAAUGGAGAGGGGCUGAGUAAUGGGUCACACGAAAAAGAGAAGCAGGAACAUAAUGGCACUCAACAACCAUCAAAAGGCCAGAAGCAGCAGCUGUGCACAACAUGCGCAAAAGGCCAUACUUGUCAAUCGGUCAUUAACCGGACAAGACAAAUGCGAGCUCUAAUCGACUCAAAGAAGCCUUACCAAGCGCACUCUGUAUUUAAGCACCUGGUAGAUGAGGGGCACAAGCCUUCAUUGGUCACAUACACAACUCUACUGACUGCCCUGACAAACCAGAGGAUGUUUGAGUCGAUUCCAUCACUGCUUGCUCAAGUUGAGCUAGCUGGAUUGAGGCCGGACUCCAUCUUCUUCAAUGCCUUGAUCAAUGCAUUUGUCGAGGCGAAGCGGAUGGGUGAAGCAAUAAACACGUUCUGGAAAAUGAAGCAUUCCGGCUGCCAUCCAACAACAAGCACCUUCAAUACACUGAUAAAAGGGUAUGGCAUUGUAGGCAAACCUGAAGAAUCGCAGCGCGUCUUCGACAUGAUGGGCGUUGAAGAUUCAGUCAGGCCAAACCUCACAACAUACAACAUUCUUGUGAAGGCGUGGUGUGACCAGAGAAAUCUUGAGGAGGCCUGGAGAAUUGUGGGAAAUAUGCGAGCAGGCGGUGUUGAGCCCGAUAUCGUCACUUACAAUACCAUAGCCAGCACAUAUGCCAAUAAUGACGAGACAUGGAGAGCAGAAGAGCUCAUUGUGGAGAUUCAGACUAGAGUGCGCACCAGCGAGAGAACAUGGGGCAUAAUCAUUGGUGGUUAUUGCCGGGAGGGCAGGUUGGAGGAGGCAUUCAGGUGUGUCCGGCAAAUGAAGGAUGCAGGAGUCAUUCCUAACGUUGUUAUCUUCAACACAUUUCUCAAGGGCUUCCUCGAUGCAAAUGACAUGGCUGCCGUCAAUAAUAUCCUUGGGCUGAUGGAGCAGUUUGGCAUCAAGGCUGACAUUGUCACAUAUAGCCACCAGCUGAACACAUUCAGCUCAGUAGGCCACAUGGCCGAAUGCAUGAAGGUGUUCGACAAGAUGAUUGAGGCAGGAAUCGAGCCAGAUCCUCAGGUGUACAGCAUUCUUGCAAAAGGAUACGUCCGUGCUCAGCAGCCCGAGAAAGCAGAAGAGCUCCUGCUGCAAAUGAGCCAGCUUGGUGUCUGUCCAAAUGUCGUCACCUUCACAACUGUCAUCAGCGGGUGGUGCAGCGUGGCCGACAUGGAGAGUGCCAUGAGAGUCUAUGAGAAGAUGCGUGAAUCAGGCGUCCAUCCUAAUCUCAGGACAUUUGAGACUCUGAUAUGGGGUUACAGCGAACAGAAGCAACCAUGGAAAGCUGAGGAAGUCCUUCAGAUGAUGCAGGAGACUGGUGUCAAGCCAAAGCAAAGCACCUACGGUCUCGUUGCUGAUGCAUGGAAAGCAGUUGGUUUGAUAGAGAAUGCCAACCAGGCAAACAGUUCCUUAAAUGGUCGCCAUGCGAUCGACAAUUCAGAUCAUUCACAUGACAGUAGUAACCUGCAAAUAUCAGAAGACGAUAACAAACUGCGAAGUUUUGAAAAAAGUAAUGGACAUGGAAUGAAUGGUAGGUCACGCUCCAGUUUUCUUCAGAUGACAAGCGCACUUGGUAGCAGUGGUUUAGUUUCUUCCAAGAUACUGAAGGCUGGAGAAUUUCCAUCCAAAAGAUUGAAAGCCGUUAAUAAAACAUCCUUGCUACAAAGUUCGUACCUGUUUCAAUUGCGGUAUUCUGGGUUUUGUAGAAAGCAGCUUCAGAAGAAUGGUGGAUUCUACAGUCAGAGUGUCAGCUCAUUCAAAAUGGUGUUCCUCUAGUAGAGGCUGAAUUUUUUUAAUAGAUGUACACAUUGGCCUGAAGCUGUAAGCAAAUCUUGGUGUUCCAAGUCUGAUGACUACGAUGUGGGUCAUUUUGUAUGAUUCUGUAUCAAUUCCUGCAGUGCCUAGCACUUCAAAAGUUCAAAAAAAAAAUCGCAAGCCGUCUCAAUAUGUACUGUACAAUAGCAAUUAGGAAUUGAUAAUCUGUAGAGUGCAUGCAUGACUUGUCACA